CCGUGUCGCCGACGCUUAAGACCAUCUACGCCGUCGGCUCCGACAAGAUGAUCAAGGAGGUGUCCGACUCGCAGGUGAUCCGCGAAGUCAGCUGCCAGGACGUGGUGCCCACGUGGAUCUCGCUCUCUCGCUCGGGUCGUAUGAUGUUCCUUGGUCUGCAGAGUGGUGUCCUGCGCUCCGUCAAGUUCCCUCUCUCCAUUCCGGGAGAGUGGGAGGAGCACCACGCUCACAACGAUGCCAUCACAAAGAUGGUGGUGCUGGCGGACGACACUCAGAUGUUUACCUGCUCGUCGGACGGCACCCUGGCUCUGUGGUCCAUCGCCGACCCCGAGGGAAGGCUCUCGAAACGAGAGCGCACCGUGCCUUACUCGGAGGAGAUCCUCGUCUCCAAGGCCGAGCUGGACGAGAAGAUCCAGCUGAUAAACGAGCUGAACACGCGGGUGUCUGAGCUGCGACUGGAGAACGAGUAUCAGCUGCGGCUCAAAGACAUGACGUACGGCGACAAGAUCCGACAGCUGACCGAGCGAGCCGAACAGGACAUCCAGACGCUCAACGGAAACAUCGAGGCUCUGAAGGAUGAAAAGAGCGAGGAUCACGCGGCGCACAACCGCGAGCUGGAGACGCUGCACGCACAGCACGAGGAGGAGGUGCAGUUGCUGGAGUCCAACAACAACGCCAAGCUGAUCGUCGAGUAUGAAAAGUACCAGGCGCUCGAGAACAAGAUGGCACUCAUGAAGGAGGACUACGAAAAGCAGCUGGUGGAGCAGGCCGAGGCGGACCGCGCCGAGCUGGCCGCCCAGGCCGAGGAGUACGAGGACCGGCUGACAGAGAAGGUGGCCCUCCUGGACGAGGCUCGUGAGGAGGCGCUCCAGCAGAAGAAGACCUACGAGGAGAUGCAGGUGCAGAUUGAGGAGGACGCCGACCGAGAGAUUGUCGACAUCAAGACCAAGUACGAGUACAAGCUGAAGGCCGAGCGUAACUCCAACGUCCGACUGCGCGGGGAGACGGGAGUGAUGAAGAAACGCUUCGUCAGUUUGUCUAAAGAACUAGAGGAGCAGCGUCAGGAGAUUCAGCGUCUGCAAGGAGAGCACAGCAAGCUACAGUCCAUUAUCAAAAACCUCGAGCGGGACAUCAUCGGGCUGAAAAAGGAAGUCACGGAGCGAGACGAAACAAUAAAUGAAAAGGAAAAACGGAUUUACGAUUUGAAGAAAAAGAAUCAGGAGCUGGAGAAGUUCAAGUUUGUGCUCGACUACAAAAUAAAGGAACUGAAGAAGCAGAUAGAGCCCAGAGAGGCUGAAAUAAAGGACAUGAAGGAAACUAUAAAUGCGAUGGAGAACGAGCUGGAGAACUACCACAAGACGAACACGGAGCAGGAGCUGCAGCUGCAGGAGCUGCGGCAGAAGCUGCGCGCCAUCGAGGCCGAGCUGCACCGCGCCGUGCAGCGCAACUACGACUUCACCAUCGUCAUGAACCGCUACCGCAGCGACCUCUUCAGCUGCAUGGACCACCUGCAGGACCCCAAGAAACUCAAGGAGGGCAUCAAGAGCUUAUACAGCAAGCACGUCACCUCAGAGAUCCGACCGGAGAAACUUCUGGUGGACGACUCCAGUCUGAAGGAGUUCAGCCGGCAGAGGGACUACCUGGAGCGGACCGUAGCCGGCCUCAAACACAAGCUUACCAAAGACACGCACCUGCAGAGAGCCGACAACAUCCGCGUAGUGCAGGAGAACGUUGCGCUGAUCUCUGAGAUCAACAACUUGCGUGCCGAGCUGCACUCACUCCGCGGCAGCAUGGACGAUCUGGAGUCGUCUCUGGGCCUGCGCCGCUCCUCCGUCACCCCUGCAGAGGCGCAGAGCAAGCUCGACAGGGCCAUCAUCAAGCUGGACCAGCUGCAGAAGGAGCAGAAGCAGCAGCUGGAUGCGCGAGACCAGAUCAUCGACUCUCAGCGCCAGGAGCUGCAGCUGCAGUCGUCGCAGCUGGUGCAGCUGCAGCACCAGCUGGCCAACUGCUUGGCCCAACCCGACUCCUUCGUACAAACCCUAGGACACGGAGAGGGGGGCGUGGAUGCCGAGACCACCUGAACAGCCGCCGAACGUGUCAGUUUAGUGCAAUACUCGUGAAAUAAGAUAUCGUUGGACCUGAAUCACAUUUCGUUCUGCCGAUGUGCUGGACAACGGAGCCAGUUCUUUGAUUUUGAAAUUUGUUUGUGUGAAUUUUGAUUAUGAAAUCAUGAAAUAUCAAAUGCAAGCUGUCCUGUGUUUGACAGGCAAGACCAAAUGCUCUUUCUGAUGCGUGUGUCAUGUUGCUUUAUUUAUUUUUCAGCAUGUUUUUAGGUAGAUUAGUCAAUUCAAAUGCGUUUUCACUUUGCCCUCCCUUUCACUUUGCAAGUCCCGAAGCUCUUUCACCCACCGAGUAUUUGAAGUCAUUACGCAUUAGGCGCGAGGCCUUUGUGAAGUUUCCUUCCCCUCACGGCGCGUUUACACCUCAUGUAUCUUUAACGUUAAGAAUCUCACCUGAAAAGAUGGAGUGACCACGGUUAGACGACCUGUGUUCUACCCUACUUAUGUGUUAUAGUGAUAAGUUGCGUGUGGACUUUGUGACUUGAGUGAACAUCGCAUUGGACGAGUACGAAUGUAAAAGAACAUCGACAGUAAAAUUCAGUCAUGUA